AUGGCGACAACGCCGACCACCGCAUUCCUCCGCCUCACUCCAGCACCUUCUCCCCGCACCGCGCGCCCUCCUCGCUCUGCUACCUUCCUGCAGCCCGCGCUCUCAGUUUCCCUCUCCCACUCCCUCCCCGACUGCCGCAACCACCGCCUUGCCGCCGCUUCCAAGGACACUGCUAGCAGCAAGGGACAGGAACAAGAUCAAGAGCCCGCAUCGUCCGCGCUGGAGGAAGGAGGAGCGGAGAAGGGAACGGAGGUGGGGGGAGCAUCGCCCGCCGAGAAGAACCCGGAGGCGGUGGCGGCGGAGCUGAAGGAGGUGCUAAGGGCGCGGAAGGAGGCGGAGGCCGCCGAGGGGGGCGGCGGGUGGUGGGCCGGCGUGGCGCAGGAGAUGACCGAGAUCGAGUGGCCGGCGCCCGGGAAGGUGGUGGGCACCACCGGCGUGGUGCUUGGGGUCAUCGCGGGCUCCACUGUCGCGCUGCUGUCCGUCAACGCGCUCUUCGCCGAGCUCUCCGACACCGUCUUUGCCGGACGCGGACUUCAGGACUUAUUCUCCGGCUGA